AUGAACGCCAUCCGCGCAACGCAAGCGCUGAACAAGCGCGAACUCGAGAACGCGACGCCAGUGACCGCUUCCUGGCACACGGACUACCGGGACACCGCAUACAUCUACGUCGGGGGACUCGACAACCGUCUCACAGAGGGCGACAUCGCGGUAAUAUUCUCGCAGUACGGCAAUCCGACACAUCUACAGCUGAUGCGCGACAAAGAGACGGGCAAGAGCAAAGGGUUCGCAUUCCUGAAAUACGAAGACCAGCGCAGCUGUGAUCUCGCGGUGGACAAUCUUGGGGGUGCGGAUGUUUUGGGAAGGGUUUUGAGGGUCGAUCACACGAGGUAUAAAUUACGGGAUGAUGAGGAUGCGGAUACGUGGAGGUUGGAGCGGUUGGAGGCGUUGCAGGCGCGAGAGGAGGGGGGUGGGAGUGUUGAUAGGAGUGGGGAUGAGACGGAGGAGAGUGAUGAUGGGGAAAGACGGCGGAAGAGGAGGAAGCCGCUGUUGAAAGAGGAGCGGGAGUUACAGGAGAUGUUGGCGGUGACGCAGGGUGAAGGCGAAGAUGAAGAUCCCAUGCGCGAGUAUUUGAUCAAGGAGAAGCGGGAGGAGGUUGAACGGGCGAAAGAGAGGGCGGAGCGGAAGGACAAGUCGAAGCAUCGACAUCACCAUCACCAUCAUCACAGGAGGAGGGACGAAGAAGGGGACGACAAGAAAGGAUCGGAGAGAUCUGGAGAUCGCGAUGCCUACCGGCAUCGUGAUGGGGAUGAGGAUCGAGAGCGAAGAAAGCGUGAUCAUGAUGGCGAUGACGAGCGAAGAACGAAACGAUGA